AUGAAGCUGACUUUCGUGCGAGGGACUGCUCGCAAUGAAUGCAACGAGGAUACAAAGGCGGCACUAGCGUCGGAUUCCAUCCAUUCCCAGGGUGCCAUACUCACGUGGAUGGCACUGUACUGGACAUUGGAAAAGGGAGGAGGCGUUCGAAGCUCUCAAUAUUCGGUGCUCAAGAGGCUCUGUCGAGAGAGGAAGGUUCUCUAUGAGGACCCGGAUUUCCCGGCCAAUGCACGGGCCCUGUACCGCGAGAAGAGGCCUCAUCUCCAUCCCAUCAUAUGGAAGAGGCCCACGGAGCAGGAGUUGUCGGCGAGCCCGGAAUUCAUGAAUGGGUCGGGUCGAUUGGAAUUGGAAUUGGGUGACCUGGGUGACCCGUGGCUGAUGGGAGCCGUGGCGACCUUGACCCUGACCCCACGUCUCUUGGAGCGGGUCAUUCCUCCUGACCAGGCUUUCGACCAUACCUACUGCGGCCUCUUCAGGUUCCGAAUCUGGCACUUCGGCGACUGGGUGGAAGUGGUCGUGGACGACAGGUUGCCGACCUACAAGGGCAGGCUCGUCCAUCUUCAUUCCCCCGAUCCCAACGAAUUCUGGCCCUCCCUCCUCGAGAAGGCGUAUGCCAAGUUCUACGGGUCGUACGAGGGAUUGCUGGGUGGUUCCACGACUCAAGCCCUCCAGGACCUGACGGGGGGAAUCGUGCAGAGUUUCCCCCUCGCGGCCAGGGACAAGUUCCUCGCAUAUCAAGUGCUCAAUUCCGCCGUUCCUCGCUCCACCCUCCUCGUCGUCUCCAUCUCCGUGGAGAAGGAGAGGAGGCCGCUGCGCCUGAGGCACGGACUCUUGACACAGCAGGCCUACAGCGUCACGGGUUUGGCCCGGGUACGAACGGGGCAUCUGGGGGAAGUCCCUCUGGUCCGAUUGAGGAGUCCGGGGGGAAAGGGGGAAUGGACUGGUCCGUGGUCCCCUAAUUCCUGGGAAUGGGACUCCCUCUCCGAUCGAGACAAGGAACUCCUCGCUGGACGAGUGCGCAACGAUGGCGAAUUCUGGAUGUCGUUUGAGGAUUUCUCCCGGACGUUCACCCACUUGGACUUGGUUCACAUCGGGCCGGAUGACUGGAUGACUGAGCCAGCCCUUCACAGUAAGAGACCUUGGCGGGCCGUCCUGGCCAGAAGGCGAUGGAGGGCCGGAUACAAUGCCGGCGGGGGACCCACUUUCAUCGAUACGACGGCGACGAACCCGCAGUUCCGGGUGCAGAUCCCCCGAUCGGGGCUGAGCAAGUGCCAUGUUGUCGUCUCGGUCACUCAACAUUACGUCCCUGGCCCCAACGACUCUCACGCCCAUCAGAGAAAGCUGAACGCCAUCGGAUUUGCUGUCUACGAAGUGCCUUCUUCCCUCCCGCGCCUCACGGCACACUUCUGUGCCGAACAGCGUCCGUUGGACGUCACGGCCCAUUCGGUGGCCCGGGAGACGCCCGAUGCCCGGUUGUUGCUACACAAACUGCUGACUAAGUACCCGGCAGAAGUGGACGCUUCUCAACUGCUCAAGAUUCUCAAAGCCCACUGGAAGACUUUUCUACCGGAGAAGCCAUCUCUAGAAUUAUGCAAGAGCCUCAUCAUGCUGCGUGAUGCAGCAUUCUUGAAGCACGAAUCCCCUCGUGGAUACGGGAAGGCAUCCAGCUAUCAACUGCGACCUCUGUUGUGGGAAGCAGGGUUAACGGUGUCCAACAAGGUCCUGGAAUGCCUCGUACUCCGAUUUUCUCGUGAUCGAUCCCUCACCUCGCAGGCAUUCAUCAUGGCCAUGGUUCGGCUGCAUCUCGCCCAUGGUACCUACUAA